AUGUCUCUCAAGACGUACGUCAUCUCGGGCCUCGCCACCGUUGCCAGCGCCCACAUGAAGAUGAACAACCCGGUCCCGUUCAACAAGGGUGUCCUUGACAACGCGCCCCUCAACGCCGAUGGUUCCGACUUCCCUUGCAAAGUCGGCUACAAGUACAGCUACGACGACAGCCCGAGCAACGUCUACGCCCAGGGAAGCAAGCAGCAGCUCUCCUUCACCGGCUCGGCCGUCCACGGCGGAGGUUCCUGCCAGGUGUCGGUCACGACCGAUCUCAAGCCGACCAAGAACUCGGUUUGGAAGGUCAUCAAGUCGAUCGAGGGUGGCUGCCCGGCCAAGGGUCAGGCCGGCAACCUGCCGGCGAACGCGGCGGCCGACGACCCCUACAAGUACGACUUUACCAUCCCCAGCAAGCUUUCCAGCGGCAACUACACCAUCGCCUGGACUUGGUUCAACAAGAUGGGCAACCGGGAGAUGUACAUGAACUGCGCGCCCAUGAGCGUCACCGGCUCCGCCGGCUCGAGCGGCUUCCUGGACACGCUGCCCGACAUGUUCGUCGCCAACAUCGGCAACGAAUGCGGAACCAUGGGGAGCACGGACCUGAAGUUCCCGAACCCGGGCAACGACCUCGACAACUUCCAAGGCUCGACGACGGGAUCGGCCAUGCUCGUCGCCCCGACGGGCACUGGAUGCCAGACAGGCGGCGGUAGCCGUCCUCAGCCCAACUACGGGUCACCCGACGCCGGCAACCCCCUUCCCAGCAACGACAACGCCGUCCAGCCGAGCAAGCCCGGCCCGGGCGGCGUCUUCCUGGACAUGCCCUCGUCCGACCCUACGCCUGUCCCGACCACCAGCACCGUGGGCAGCGGCAGCAAUUCUACCGGCAGCCACGAGGCCGGAACCCCGUGCUCGACCGAGGGCUUGUGGAACUGCAUCGGCGGAACAUCCUUCCAGCGCUGCGCGUCCGGCUUGUGGUCUACCACUCAGCCGGUGGCCCCCGGCACCCAGUGCGCCCCAGGCGAGUCGGCCGCCAUCCAGAUCACGCGUGCCAAUUCCAAGCGCAGCCCGCGCCGGGCUCAGCGAUUCUUUGCCUAA